AUGAAGAAAUCCGCACUGGAAGUGUCGCGGGAAUCUGCCGCAUUUACCUCGGAUAUUGGGUCGUCCCUUGACGACAGCGAGGCGAGCAGCCAUGACGCUGACUCUGUCUUCGACGUCGACGACAUCAUCGCUCAACGCACCCACGAAGAAGGAAACCAGGAUGUGGUGCAAUACCUGACCAAAUUUACUGAUUACCCACUCCACAGGCAAGUCAUGGCAUCUGCGUCCGAAUGGUUGUACAGCAGUUUUUGCGGUAGUGGUCUCCUCGACACAUGGAAUGCCAAGCGCAGAGAUCUGGGCGAGGCGGAGAUCGAAAGAAUCAGCGAAAAAAACACAGCAAAAUUCGAGGCAGCUGUCAAGAAGGCCGAUACGCAGCAGCGGAAGCGGCGUCAAAAGCGGAGGCAACUGGGACAGAAUGUAGCGCGGGGAAAUAAAAAAUCGCUCAAACAGAAAGAAGAAGCGAAAACUGCAGCCUUUUCACCCCUCGAUCACUCGGCGCCAGCUAAGAGUAAGGCUAAGCAGGCUGUCUCGUCCGAGAGGAAGAGUCGUGCUGUUGUGGACUCAGAGGAGGAGUAUGAAUUUGUACCCAAGACGACAUCGUCGGAUGAGAAUGUAUCCAUAGCAACAUCAUCUGAUUCCUCUGACAACAUGCCCUUGGUCAGAAGGUCAGCGAGGUCUCGAUCAGGCAGGACUGCGCUGGGAGCCCAUGCUAAAAUGCCAUCAAAACCAUCGUCUCCACCGCAGAGGCGCAAAUACAUUCCCGAGGCCAGCUUUCCAGUCGAUGAACCCAGUCCUAGCGCCGCGUCUCCACUAGUUCCUGUCCGUGGACGCUCGGUACCUAAGGGACCCCGAGAUCCAGGCCCCAUUAAGAUAGUCAACGAGCCAAGGCAUCCUCAAAGAAAAGCGUGGGACACCCAGGGAAAACACUUUGGAACACUGCACUAUCGAUCGGUAGCGGAAAAGCGUGGUCGCGACGAGGGGACUCCCGAUAUCAACGACCUGCAAUUUGUGAAUGGUCGCCCAGCUGGAAUUUCCACCAAACCUGCGGAUACUACGUCUGAAGCACCCUCACACAACGAUCCGUACGGACGCCGCGAGCCAGGACAACGCCGUUUGAUGGAAGUUGAGACAGAAGACGAGACCCAUAGCCCCACGAUUGCGGUUGCAUUGCAGUCUUACGAAGAGGGUAAAAUCCCAAUGACGUGUUAUGAUUGGAAGCACACCACAUGUAUCCACGGAGCUGAGGGCUGUCAUUUUCUCCACCGUGAGCACGGUCCGGACGGGAAGCUCCUUCCUGUUACGAAUUGGAAGGGAAAUAUACCGCCCAAGUAUCGAAAACAACCAGAAACCUGCUGGACCUGGUUUUGCGAGGGCACAUGUAGACACUCUGACGCAGAUUGCAUGUAUGCCCACAAGAACACCGGCCAGCUUAGGCAAAAGCCAAUCGAUGCACACAUUGAAUGUGGAAGCACGAAAGCCCGAGAAGUGGCGCGAGAGAUCGGCGGAGAACCCAAGUAUCCCAAUAUCACUUGUGUCCACUGGCUAAUGGACACGAAGGGGUGCGCGAAGAGGUAUUCUCAGUGCGACUUUGCUCACAGAAAUACGGGCAUGCUUGGGAACAUUUUUGGUGAACCGUUCAAGCCAAUCGAUCCCAACCUCAAACCUGCCAACGCUGGAGCCUUUCCCAAAUUCUACGACCCGCCUCAGACGUGUUUUUACUGGCUACGCGGUUUCAGCGGUUGUGACAACAGUGCGCAAAACUGCAAAUUCGCACACGAAAAUACAGGAUAUCUGGCCCACAAUACGCAAGGUAUGCUGAAGAUCGAUCCUAACGAAACGCCCAGAUUUGAUCCGGUCCUGCAAGGCCUUUCGGUGCCUACUGGUCCUGUUUCUACAGGUGUCCCUGCAAGAGACAUCCCUUCGCAUAUGAAGACUUGCUUCUUCUGGAAUAUAGGUAGGUGCAAGGAAACGGAAGAGAACUGCAAGUUUGUACACCGCUACACGGGCAUUGUCGCGCACCCUCCCCGAAACUGGGUCUUUCCUCCGGGUUAUCAACCAGGGUUUCGCCAUAACCCAGUUCCUGCGCCGCAUGUUGACAGUUUCGAUUCAAUGGAAGUGGACGAGACUGUCGGAGAGCUAGCUCAUGAAACAGUAACGCAAAACUUAGACACGAGAACAGAUGGUAGCAGGACUUCUCGGCAUGCGGAUGCUCAUGCCGAAGACUCGCGUCUCCUUUCGCCACAAGAGAAUCGCAGCGAUGUUGAGUCAGCGGGAAAAUCUUAUGUUGUCAAGCACAAUCAUGAGAAAAAAACAAUACAACAGGAGAAUGGCAACACCAAAAAGUCAAAUGAUCAACCUUCUGGCGUCAAGCGCAUGGCCGAAAAAGCAAUGCCAGUUGAUCCGGUGUCAGCUAGCCAAGCUCUCUACUCCAAGCACCAGAUCGAGAAAGCCAUGCUUCUUGACUUGGACGAAAUGCUUAGGUGUAACGGAGACCAGCAUGAAGACGUGUUGGCAGGCCCAAAUGCUCUUAUUCUCUACGACCCAGAAUUAUACAAAGAACAAUCCCUGUUACUCGAACGGUGGUUGGCUUUGAAUUACUUGAAAGUAUUCAGCGCACGCCGGAUGGGCUUUGAUGCAGCCUGGAACGGGUUCCGGGAGGUGGUUCUGGAUGGGGGAAGCGGUAUAAUUAUCGCCCCUCCCGAUUUCGAGGACUAUGCUAGCUUGCCAGGUUUCGGUGACGUGCUGAGAAGUCCGGUUCGCUUAUGGUCACUUGGCCAUCAGCCAGUGGCCGACUAUAACAUAUGGGAUCCUGAAACCUUAGAAGAGCGACCUUACGACCGGUUUGCUGUAUUCCCACAUGGCGGGAUUAUAUACAUCACGGACGACGUAUUCAUGAAGGAGCCGCAACUGGCGUUGACUAUCUUUGAGCAUUUCUUCGCCAAAAUUGAAGCAGGCAGGAACGUUGACAGUGAUGUCGUCCCAGGUAUGUACAUCAACGAUGGAAUCUUACUCUGGCGAAUUGGAGUGCGACCGGAACUCAUGAAAUGGAUCGGCGAUAUCUGCAUGAACCAUCAAGCAGAAAUUGAAGGAGGAGACCCAGCUUAUAUAAGUCUUGAGAAGCUAUAUAUUCUUCUGCACGACAGCGGUCAUUGCGAGACUGACGGGCAUUUUAACCCUCCCGCUGACAAUCGCCGUCUCGAUUUCUUCCCGGUCAUCUCCAUGCGCCAGGAUCUAGCCGAAGCUGUGGGCCUGUACUACGAGGCGCGCGAGCACUCGCAGCAUGAGGCCGAUACGGAUAUGACGCAUCAUUACUCCGGCCUAGUAGUGAUGGAGCGCCGUAAUUACCGCCACUACUUUGUCGUGCACACCAACCCGGAGAUGGUGGAUUGGAAGGAGACGAUUACGAAUAUCGACGAGGUGAUCACACCUGAAAAGUGCAUAGAAUACUUCGAGCAGGAGCCUAAGGGCAGCAAGUUCGACAACUACGAGUGGUCUUAUCCGGCGAAGAGGACUGGCAGCGGCACUAUCCCUUCGAGCGACGAUCCAAUUCAGAUCGACCAGCCCAACCAGCCUGUUCGGAACAGUCAGUGCGGCGAUUGCGGCUUCAAUAGCGCCCAAUGUCCGUGCGGCUAUGUCUGACAGCUUGUCGUUCGCUGCUUGGAAGUAAUGGUAAGGCUUUAGAGCCAGUGUAUAGGUAUACCUCCAUGUGAUUUCAUGCGUGUUUAUGGGUAUGUUAUGGACACGAGUUUACGGCCUGAUUUCAUUUUGCAAGUGCUCUGAGAGGUCUAGUAUGG